GCAGGUCCUCUGAACACACGAUGCUCCUCUCCUCGACUGGUGGCUCCACCUCCCCGCCCCUCACGGCGGACGCCCUCUGCUCUCCGCCUCGCGGCUGGCCGGGCUGCUUCAAGCAGCGGGCGCUCAGCAGCUUCGUCGGCGCGGGCGUGCUACGCGGCCGGCGCUGCCGCCUGACGGCCCGCCCGCCGCACAAGCUGACAGCCGAGGCGGCAGCGGCCGGCGUGCGUCUGAGUGCGGACGACUCCUGCGCCAACGCCGCGGCGGUCCACGCUGCCCUUGGUCUCCCGGUGGUCAAGGGCUACGCGGUCUUCGAGCUCCGCGACCGUCCCGGCGUCUUUGCCGCCGCGCGCCGCCACUGGAACGCCGCCGCAGCCUCCGGAGCGUGGGUCGACCUCACGCCGCGAGCCGAGGAGCUCGCGAGCAUGGUGCUGGUCGAGUCCGAACUCGUCGCCCACGGCUCCGGCGAGCCGGAGGGUCGGUGGAGGCCGGAGGGUGCAAAGAGGCCGCUGUCGAGCCUGUCGCUGCUGGAGGUGCGGCGGGCGUGGGAGGAGCUCGAGGGCAGCGCCGACUUUCGCGCAGACGUCUCGCUCCUCCGGACCGAUCAGCAGCUGCGCACCUACCUGCUGGAGCUGCACGAGGAGGACAGCGAGAAGCUGCGGCUGAUCCAGCUGCACGCGGCCGCUGCGGAGGAGCGGGAGGCCGAGCUGCACUGCAGCAUGGCGACGGUAUGGCGCUCGUCCAAGGGCGUCAAGCAUGGCCGCAUCCGGCUCAGGCUGCAGCCGCGAGCCGCGACGCCGAGCGGCGAGGGCGGCGAGGGCGGCGAGGGCGGGCUGAGGGGCGAGGGCUUGCCGAAGUUUGAGCUCGAGGCGCAGGCAUGGAGCACGCUGUACGACGAGGGGGACGUGGACGCCGCCUUCUUCGCCCCUCUCGACGAGGACGACGCGUUAGUCGAUGACGAGGGAGCUGCACAGCUGCGCUGCGCCGGAGUGUGGGAGAGCUCGCCCUACGGCUUCACCCUCGUGCUCCGCUCGGUGGAGGAGGUUGGGCCGGCCGGCGCACGCGCGCUGCUGCCGCUGCGAGAGGCCGAGCUCCGCCGCACCCUCGACCGGGAUCUCUUUGGCACGAUGGACUUCGACGAGCGCAAGGCAACCGUCGGGGUGGGGGAGCGGCGCGAACGCAGGCUCGUCUUCACCAUGUGA